AUGGACUCGAGUCUACAAACGCCAUCCUUAGACCCCGAGCUCGCUGUACUUUUGAGUCAUGCAUCCCCACCCCCGACUCCCACGUCCAUCCUGGAGCAACGCGAAGUAACAAAAGGUUAUAUUUCAGAACUUCAGGAAAAGCUUAGGCCCUCCCUUCCUGCCGAAUCGGCGUAUCGAGUAGAAGAUCACUUCGUGCCUGUCGAUGGAGGUGAAAUAGUGGCUCGUUGUCUGGUACCCACUGAAGAAAGAAAUGCGCCCAAUGGACAGUUCCGUGUUCUUGUCUGGUUCCAUGGUGGAGGAUUCUGUGACGGGUCGCUCCACAUCGAUGAUUUCUAUUUGAGGAAGAUUUGCGUGAAGUAUAAUGUUGCAGUUGUCAACGUCGAAUACAGAUUAGCUCCGGAAUUCCCAUUCCCAACCUCAGUCAACGAUGCAUAUGCGGCGCUGAAAUGGACUGCAGAAAAUGCGUCGUUGCUUUCUGCAUCCAUAUCACGAGGUUUCAUUGUUGCUGGAGUAUCUGCUGGUGGGAAUCUCGCCGCAGCUGUCGCGCUACGCGCACGGGAUGAUCCAUUCUUCACUGGUCGAAAGCUCUCUGGACAAAUUCUGCAAAUCCCUCAGGUGAUACAUCCCGACGCCAAGCCUGAACAGUACAAAUCUCAGCUCUUAUCACUCGAAAUUAAUAAAGAUGCCCCAUUUCUGACUCGGGAUAACAUUGACCGCUACAUAGUUCUUGAACGUCGACCCAUACGACCCCGAAUUCUCCGUCCUUUUAGCAAAUAGUCACGCGGGAUUGCCAGCAGCCUUUAUACAAGUUGCCGAACUGGAUCCACUUCGAGACGACGGACUACUGUACGAGAAGGUUUUGAAAGAUUCAGGGGUGAAGACCAGGUUGAAUACUUACCCCGGUAUGCCUCACGCAGCUCAUUACGGGCUUCCAAAUGCUUCCAUCUGCAAGAAGUUUUACCAAGAUUUCGAAGACGGCCUCGGAUGGUUGCUAGCAAGAGUUGGUGAAGUCUGAAUGGGACUUGACGAAGAGCGGGAGCUGGGAUUGAUUAUUCACAAUAACGCCGUCGUAACCAGACCACAAACAUUGGAGGAGCACAUAUUUCCUGC